UCCACGUUAAGCUCUUCCGGUGUCAGAGUUGACUGGCAGUGCUGUCAUGUCUUUGUUACCUCGGUAGCGGCUGCUAUGUUGUGAAUAGAAGAGCUCAAUAGAUGGGAAAAUAACACUUCUCUUUACUGAAGAUACAAAAACAACCCGGACCAACAACAGUUAAACCACCCAAAAGAUGGAGGAAAAGCUGAAUGGAGCAUUCCCUGUUGUCUCCCCGGAGUAUCUUCAUCAGUGGGUUCAGUCUGCACAGCAGUUUCAGGCUCUCCAGACUCAAUAUUCAGGAUUCAACCCCAAUCAACAGUUUCCCUACCCGGAGGAGAAGGCGGAGGAGGCAGCCUGGGCACAUAUGGCUAAUCCAGACCCCAUGAUGGAUCAGCAGGAGCCUGCCGACCUCGCUAAACCCCCUCCCAAAAAAAGAGGCAGACAAGCACAACCCAAGGAGCCUAAGGCACCCAAACCACCCAAAGUCCCCAAGGCACCAAAGCCACCAAAGCCACCCAAAGACCCAAACGCACCCAAAGCGAAACCCGGCCCAAAGCCCAAGAAGGCGGCCGAGGGUCAGGCGGACGGGAAGCAGGAGAAGAUCGACGAGAGCUUCAAGAAGGUGAAGAGGAAAAUCGACCGCUUCAAGGGAAUGUCCGAGGAGGAGGUCAUGAAGAAAACUCUGCCUGACCUGCUGGACUACAACCUGGACUACGUCAUUAUUGGAAUCAAUCCAGGACUGAUGGCAGCUUUCAUCGGACGGUGGUUUCCAGGUCCAGGAAAUCAUUUCUGGAAGUGCCUGUUCCUGUCUGGAUUCACUGAUGAGCAGCUGAACCACAUGAGCGACACCGUCCUGCCUGUCAAGUACAAAAUGGGCUUCACCAACAUGGUGGAGAGGGCGACGCCGGGGAGCAAAGACCUCUCAACUAAAGAGCUACGAGAAGGAGGCAAAAUCCUCGUAGAGAAGCUGAAGAAGUUCAAGCCUCUGAUAGCUGUGUUCAAUGGAAAAUGCAUCUAUGAAAUGUUCUGCAGAGAGAUGUUUGGAAAGAAACCCAAAAAGCUUGAUUUUGGUUUACAGCCGCACAAGAUCCCCGACUGUGAUGUGGCUCUCUACCUGAUGCCUUCGUCCAGCGCCCGCUGUGCUCAGUUCCCUCGUGCUCAGGACAAAGUCCACUUCUACAUCAAACUGAGGGAGCUCAGAGAUCAGCUGAAGGGCGUCCAGAAAAGCACAGAGAUCGAGGAGGUGGAGUAUUCGUUCGACCUGAAGCUGGCUAAGGAGGACGCCAAGAGGAUGGCGAUAAAGGAGGAGAACUACGAUCCUGGUUAUGAAGAUGCAUAUGGGGGAGCGUACGCAGAGAGAGGAGCUGAAGGGGCUCCGGCCCAGACGAACGGUCACUGUACGUUCUCAUCGGGGGAAAACAGAGAAGGAGCGCAGGAGGCGAGCACGUCACAAAUACCAGAGGGUCAGCUCCCCGACGGACAGUGGAUGACCCAGUCCUUCGCAGACCAGAUCCCAGACAUCAGCGGCGGCGGAGCGAAGGAGGCCGCUGUAUGAGAGAGAGAGGACUGCGCUGAAAAGCGGAGACCUGUCAGGUUUUAGGUUUUUAACCUUUCUAUUAGUGUAGAUGGACUUAUUAGAGAUUCUGCAGAUAUUCUUUCUGCACUUUUUAUUUGUUUGAUGGUCUCGUGUACAUGUUUGAUCACCUUCACAGCGGUCCUUUUUAAAAAUGUGAAAUCAGGGACUUGACAAUGACGACGCUGGACUGCUCUCAGAGAAGAUCAUGUAUUUAACGUUUGUACUGUAACAUACUGCACCGAGCUGCAGUAAGUGUAAACAUUCAUCUACUGCUUUCACAGUAGAUCCACUGGUUCUUUUAAAGCUUCACAGAUCCACGUGAGCCUCUUUGACCCUCUGAAGACAGUCUUGAGGAUUUAGCAUUAACACAUGUAUGGUUUCUUUUUCUGGUGCUAUGAACUGACCAAGUGAUCUCACGGUGAAGCAGACUCAUCCUGGACGUCAGAAGGACAUUUCUGACAAGCCUUUUCACAAUAAUGUUACAAAAACUUCAAACUGGUUUUAUUUUGAAAUGUUUUUAUCACUUUUAGGAUGUUUAGCAUUAUGUUUUGUAUGUUAAUGAAAAUGUAAUUCUUGAGGAAUUUUAUGAAACACAAUGUCAAUUAAAAUAUCCUGAUGAUGCUUUUCCUAUAUUAUUGGAUUUAGUCUUUUUAAGUCUGACAUGCUGAGGGACAUUUUCAUACAAACUGAAGCAUACACUGA